GAACAGCUUUAAACACCACUUUUACUGCGCCGUCAUGUUCCUCGCAAGGCGACGCCAAGACCGCCAGAGACCACGUCUUCUCUAAGAUGCACGGAGUUGACCCCAAGUUGUGCAACGUUGCUCUGGAGCUUUGUUUUCGUCUCAGCUUUUUCUUGUGUUUAGUGGUGAAACAUUGAAAGUUCUGGCGACAUGCAGCUCAGGACGGUCCUGGACGUCAAUGUCGUGGAUGUGCAGAAGAGAAGGAACCCAUCCAAACACUAUGUGUACCUUAUAAACGUGACCUACUCGGACUCCACCUCCCACGUGGUCUACAGAAGAUACAGCAAGUUCUUUGACCUGCAGAUGCGGAUACUGGACAAGUUCCCCAUUGAAGGAGGACAGAAGGACCCCAAAAAGAGGAUUAUUCCUUUCUUGCCAGGUAAAGUCUUGUUUCGCCGAAGUCACAUCAGAGACGUAGCUGUCAGAAGACUCAAGCACUUGGACAACUACUGCAAAGCCCUGAUGAAGCUUCCCACCCACAUUUCCCAAAGCGAAGAGGUUCUGAAAUUCUUCGAGACCAAGUCAGAGGACCUCAACCCUCCAACUGAAGACUGUGGAGGCUCCGGCAGACGCAAAUCAGGUCUGGACGCCUCGGACCCCAUGCUCCUGGAGCAGUACGUGGUGGUGGCCGGUUACCAGAAGCAAGAGCCGGCGGAAAUCAGCCUCCAAGCGGGUGAGGUGGUGGACGUCAUAGAGAAGAGCGAGAGCGGCUGGUGGUUCGUCAGCACGGCGGAGGAGCAAGGCUGGGUCCCCGCCACCUACCUGAACUCCCACAGCGGCACGCGGGACGACAUAGAGCUGGGCGCCUCCAAAUCCGGGCAAGUUACUAAGCGACACAAGGCGCACCUGAAGAGGCUGGACCGCAGAUGGACGCUGGGCGGUGUCAUCAGCCGGCAGCAGAGCCCAGAAGAGACGUACAUCACGGUGCAACCUUACACCAGCCAGGGAAAAGAUGAAAUAGCGUUUGAGAAGGGCGUCACUGUGGAAGUGAUUCAGAAGAACCUGGAAGGAUGGUGGUUCAUCAGGUACCAAGAUAAGGAGGGCUGGGCUCCGGCGUCUUACCUCAAGAAGAUGAAGGAGGACCUGUCCCCGCGGAAGAAGACGGUGACGGGCCCGGUGGAGAUCAUCGGCAACAUCAUGGAGAUCAGCACCCUGCUCAACAAGAAAGCCCCGGGCGAGAGGGACGCGGACGUAGUCUCGGAGAGUCCACCGGUGGCACGGAAGGAGAUCAGCUCGCCGGUGCUGUGUUCCGACUCCAGCCCUGUUGGUGGCGCUGAGGAGAGCAAAGCAAGAGCAGAGCAGGCCUCGCCAGCUGUGGCCCGUAUCGCACCUCAUCGAGUGGAGAUCGGCUCCCCAGUCCUCAGGCAAAAACCUCCUCCACGCAGAGAUGCAACGCUGGGCUUUCCUUUGCCGUCACCUCCAGAGCCCCCUACAGUGGAAGCGGAGUACUACACCAUUGCAGAGUUCCAGUCUUGCAUAUCUGAUGGGAUCAGUUUCAACGGGGGCCAAAAAGCAGAUGUGAUUGAGAAGAACUCUGGAGGAUGGUGGUAUGUACAGAUAGGCGAGAGGGAGGGCUGGGCUCCGUGCUCCUACAUUGAUAAACGCAAGAAGCCUAACCUGAACCGUCGGACGAGCACGCUAUGCCGCCCCAAAGUUCCACCCCCGGCGCCACCUGCCAAGAAACAAGACUCGGUGGAGACGGUCCCUCCCAGCAGCCCUGGUUCUGAAGCUCCAGAGUCCCCCGGGAAGCCUGUGUACGAAGAGCCGGAGUAUGAUGUUCCGGCUAUUGGUGAUCUGGAUCUGGAGUCUGAGUUUGAGUUUCUGAGGGGCGAAGCUUCCUUGGUGGACGGGAAGAACGAGGACACGUCUUCCGAGAAAGGAUCCCAACUGUCCUCAAAACCCUCCCCGGCGUCGUCGCUCCACAGCGCCUCCUUCCGCAUGGGGGAGUCGUUCGAAGAUGGCCACGAGGCAGAGGGAGAGGAAGAGUGCAUCUAUGAGAACGAUGGCUUCCGGCCCUUCAGGGAGACCCCAGAGAGGCAGUGCAGCCGGGACUCCAACUCCUCCAAGACGAGUGUCUCGUCAGGAACUGGCAAGAAAAACCUCAAAUCAGGAGGGUGGAGAUCUGCGGCAAACAAGCUGAAGAUUGACUUGAACGGAAGCCAAAAGUCAGCCAAAAGGGAGGAGGGGUCAGGUUCUAAAUCCGCCUCCAAUGAGUCAACUCCAGAUAUGUCCAGACCCAAGAAGGACCAAGAGGAAAGCAAAGCCUCACUCAACACCAAAUCCUCCUCUAAACCAAAACCAGUAGUGAGACCAAAGCCACAGCUGGCAAAGGCGUCCAGUGGAGAUAAGAUGGACAUCAGCACCUUGAGAAGACAGUUGCGGCCCACAGGGCAGCUUAAGAACGGCACUAAAACCAAAGGAGAGGACUCUGAGACCGCAUCCGUCGUCUCCUCAGAGGACUCCUUCUCUUCUCAGAGCACGUCCUCAGAGUUCUCCUCCAACUAUUCCAAAGGCAGCCGGGGAGACUCGGACCUGGAAGGCUGCAUUCUCUAUCGCACCACCGACCCUUACGAGAAGGUCCAAGAGUCCGAGGUGAGCUUUCCUGCGGGGGUGGAGGUGCUGGUGCUUGAGAAGCAGGAGAGCGGCUGGUGGUAUAUCCGCUGGGGGGACGCCGAGGGUUGGGCGCCGACGUUCUUCCUAGAGCCCGUGCGGCAACAAGACGACACAGCGGGAUCGGAAUCUGACGGCACUCCUUCAAAACCCGGAAGCCUCAGUAAGUCCAACAGCCUGGAGAAGAACGAGCAAAGGGUCCAAGCUAUGAACAACCUCAACCAAAACCUAAAGAAAGUGAUUCCGCCCAUUCCUUCCAAACCUCCAGGUGGUUUUUCCAUACCGACCGGCUUGUUUGGAUCACGAAAACAGAACAGAGCCAAACAGCAGCAGGUUGUCCGUCCCCAGUCUGUCUUCAUCUCAGCCCCCAUCAGGGAUAGUCCAAGCCCGGUCGGCUCUCUCAGGAGAAACGAGUCCCUCAACUCCACCGACCACCCUCGCUCCAGCCCCACUGUGAGACGCAACGCCUCCUUUGGCACGAUGCCACGCAGCCUGGCGCCCAACAACAUAACGCUGCCCAGCCGGAACCGAUCCGGCACCGGCAGCUCCGAAUUCCUGGGCGGAACCCCUCAGAAGAACGCCCUUCCCAUGUCCACCGUGAGACCCAAGCCCCACAUCAUCCACAACAACCUCAGAGAGGUUUACGUCUCCAUAGCGGAUUACCACGGCGACGAGGAGACAAUGGGAUUCCCCGAGGGGACCAGUCUGGAGGUUCUUGAGAGAAACCCCAAUGGUUGGUGGUACUGCAAGGUGCUGGACAGUGGCAGGCCCAGGAAAGGGUGGGUUCCUUCGAAUUACCUCGAGAAAAAGCCUUAGUGCGUGCGGAGCUGGCAGAACUCCGAGCACCAAGACUACUUACUUUUGUUUUGUAAAAGAACCUGAAGACGUUUGGCCAGAGGUUCAAUCAGGAAAUUGAAAGUGGAACUUAAUGGUUGAGUAGCCCCUUUCACACAGAAACCGAGCUUUUUCCACCUUUGUUGCUGUUCUGAACAAAAGGCAUGGACACGGAAUGGGUUAAGUAGAGCCGACUGUUUUCCUACUUCAAAACACAAGACCCAGAACAGGGUCUGUGUGAAGGGUAUCUCGCAAAUCUUAACAUUUGAUCAGUCGUAGGUUCUGUAUAAAAGGCACAGGUGAAUGAAUUCACGAUAUUCGGUUUCAGUUUUAAUGCAGCAGUUCUAAGAGAUCUCUGUGUCAAUCAGAGUCUGAAGUACUUUAUUAAUCCCCGAGGGGAAAUUGAGAUUUUCAGCACAAUCCCAUUCAAGAUCGGACAAACAUUACAGGGAGACACAACAGGAUCGCUGACGGGAGGGGGUCCAGACUGAGGCCGAGGAAAAAACCCUCUUAGCCAUAGCACACAUAAACAAGUUACAUAGAAGCAACAAAACUUGCAACAGAGGGGCUAGUGAUGGACUCGUGGUCAGAAGGCUGUUGGAGGUGAUAUUUGUACAAGUUUUUCUACGAAGCAUUUAAAGCGUACUGCAUGUUUGAAGUGAUCCAUUAUUCUGACAACGCCUCGAGCUGUUUCAACCUAACAUUUUUCUUUUGCUGCUGAGUGUUAGUCACGACUUGGUGCUGUUUGCAUGUUUUUAUAUCCUUCUAUUUUGUACCGUGCGUCACAUAUCUUAGUCCUUUUCUUUCCGAGCAUCUCUCGUCAUCACAAUUGAUACCAAACGACUUGAAGGUUCACCAGGAACGAAAAGGCUUAGAAAAACAAAAAAAGGUCCCGACUUGUAUUUAUUAAUUUCUUGAAAUUUCUCAUUAGAACUGGCAUAUUUUCCGCCAACUCCAUCUGCGCUAACCACGAUCUUGACAUUUUAAAAAUUUCUGCUGGGCAGUAAAUUUGACAAUUUAGUCUCACCUGAGGUGCUCACUUUUGUUUGGUGUUUACAAAGCAGCAAUAACUAAAGUGCCUGAACAUGAAAAUAAAUGCACUUUUCAAUC